AUGGACCUACAAGGUGCUAUCGCAUCACUGUCAUUCAUUGUCAUACCUGCACUCAAAGUAUCACCCGAGUCUACCGCCCCGGCAUGGGCAGACGUGUACAAACGUGGAGCAGCUCUCAUGCCAAAAGUUGCCGUUGGAGUUGCUCUUGCAUAUGGAUACGCUGCCUAUGAUGUCCAGAGCCACGGUGGAAAAUGGGUUGGGUUUGCAGCUGCGGCCGGAAGCAUGUUGGCUAUCGUGCCGUUCACCCUGGCUGUCAUGAUGAGGACUAAUGUUUCGUUGCAAAAGGCAGCUAAAGAUGGGACUCCAGGCAGUGAUCCCCAGGUCAACAACCUGCUGGACGCUUGGGCAUGGAUGAACUUUGCUCGAAGUUUAUUCCCACUUGCUGGUGCUGUGAUCGGUGCUAUUUCACUUAUUAACAAUAACGCCUAG